CCUGCCGCAAGACAGAGCUUAAGGGAGCUUCAUAGCUGCAGCAAUGACGGAAAAAACGAAAGCGGAACAUAUCGUCUUCUUCCACCCAGAUCUGGGCAUUGGCGGCGCUGAACGCCUCAUCGUCGAUGCCGCCGUCGGCCUUCAGAAGCGGGGGCAUAAGGUGACAAUUUUUACGAGCCACUGUGAUCCUCAGCACUGCUUCGACGAGGCGCGCGAUGGCACGCUCGAUGUCCGCGUCCGGGGAAACACCAUAAUCCCCGCCACGAUCCUCUCCCGCUUCGCCAUCCUCUGCGCCAUCCUGCGCCAAAUCCACCUCAUCCUCCAAAUCAGCCUCACCCCCGAACUUUUCGCCCUCAAACCCACCAUCUUCUUCGCCGACCAACUCUCCGCCGGGCUCCCCCUCCUCCAAGCCCUUCACCCCACAGUCCGCACCCUCUUCUACUGCCACUUCCCCGACCUCCUCCUCGCCAAAGGGCGCCAGAAGUGGUAUAAAGCGCUGUACCGCCUCCCCUUUGACGCCUGGGAGGAAUGGAGCAUGUCCUUCGCCGCCUCCAUCGCUGUCAACUCCGCUUUCACCAAAUCGAUCGUCACCGCGCAAUGGCCCUCCCUUGCUGCCUCCCGCACCCUCUCCAUCAUCUACCCCUGCGUCGACGUCUCCGACAAGCCCGUCGAGACAACCGACAAUAACACCCUCACCUGGCAAGACACCAACGUCAUCCUCUCGAUCAACCGCUUCGAAGCGAAGAAGAACAUCGACCUCGCUAUCCGCGCCUUCGCCGGGCUGCCCAAGCACGCCCGCUCGUCCGUUCGCCUCGUCCUCGCUGGUGGCUACGACCCGCGCGUCACUGAGAACGUCAUCUACCACCAGGACCUACUCCUUCUGGCCGAGGGCCUCGGUCUCAAGACGGCCACAACCAAGAACCUCGUCACGGCGCUGCGCGUGCCUGAUGACGUCGAGGUGCUGUUCCUGCUAUCUGUGCCGGGGGGGUUGAAAGAUGCGCUACUACGCAGUGCGCGGCUAGUGGUAUAUACGCCAGCCAACGAGCACUUCGGGAUCGUGCCGCUGGAAGCGAUGUUAGUAGGGACUCCCGUGUUGGCGGCGAAUACGGGGGGCCCGCUGGAGACGGUGGUAGACGGUGUGACAGGGUGGUUGCGGGAUCCGGAGGUGGUGGAGGACUGGACGAGGGUGAUGGAUUCAGUGUUGCAUAAGAUGACUGCUAAGGAGCUGGAGAAGAUGGGCGAUAAGGGGAGGGAGAGGGUGAGGGCGGAGUUUUCGGAGGAGAGUAUGGCAGAAAGGUUUGAGGUGUUGAUUGGGAAGAUGGGGCCGCCGCCGAGAAGCGUGAGGAGUGCGGUUGUUGCUGUUGUGGUGGUGGCUUUGGCUGUGGUUCUUGGACCUAUUAUUACACUGUGGAGUUUGUAUAGUAGUAGGUAAAUAUAAUACCAUCUUAUUCACUCUA